AUGAAGUUCUCUUUUGGAAUCUUAGAAGUUGGUCUGGGUUGGUUGCUGGGUUGGAGUAGUGAUAUGAAUAGUGGUCAAAUAGCUAAUGCAGAUAAUAACACUAAGAUAAACUGGGAACACCAUUGUCUUAAAUCUACGCGUGGUUGGCAGACAGUCUGGCAGGCAAUUGAAUAUGAUGCUAAUCCAGCGUGUUCAGAGAUGAAAUUUAAGGUGGGGGAUGCGUUUAAGAGGGAUAAAUUAUCAGCUUAUUAUGUAGCUAAUUGGGAGCAAUUGUUAAAACUUGGGUUGUUAGGUGAUUAUGAUACAAAGCGGAUUGCUACAAUGAUGAACAAGUGCCGCCGAAUUCAUAGUCUGGAUGCUAAGACUUGUCCUAAUGAUCUUGAGAAAGACUCUCUAUUGUAUGCAAUAGAUAAUUUCAUAUAUGGCAUUGAAAAGGGACAGGCCGCAUGUCAACGCUAUAUUGAUGCGCUUGAAGAGCUAACAAAGAGUGCUGCAGGAAAGGACGCUGGCUCUUCACUUAUAUCAUUGGACUCGAGUAAGUAUAAAGACCUUCACAAGGAAGUUAGAGAUCUUGUACGGACUUAUAGUCCUUUCUAUAUUUUCUACCUUCCCGUCCUGUCAUUUGAUUUGACUAAAGAUAGUAACAAACACACGUUUGAAACUUGGAAGACGCUUAUCAACAACUCAACUGUAUCCAACAUAGACCUUUGUACUCAGAAACAGUUCAGACACUUCUUGUACGAGAUACUACGUCUGCAGCUGAUGCUCUCUAGCCUUUCAAACCUUUCUAACCCACCUCUAAGUACUUAUCCUAAUAUCACAAUCAGCAAUGACGGCCAGAAGCACAUAGACGACAUUUUGAAACUAAACAUUGCUGCUAUGAUAAAGAACAUGCCAGCAGAUGAAGCUGCCGAGAUGGUGCGCGAAAAACUAUCGAGUAAUUAUGAGUUAGAAGGGAUGUAUAGAUGGAUUUUUAACCAACCUGGUUAUAUAGAUCGAUUGGGCCGUCCAUUUGAAAAGGCAUACAACAAUAAUAUGGGCCAAUUUACAGAUGAAUCUAUCAAGCAGCUAAUCGAUGAUUUGAUGGAAGUUUCAAAAUGGUUUAAGCCUCUACUAGAUAAGACCAAAAAACUACAAGCUCAGCUUAAAUCUCAAUUAACAAAUACCGCAGCCACCUCUAGUAUUCAUGAGUGUGUAGAAUAUCUAACCCAAUACUAG